AGAAGAGUCUCGAGUGGCGACCAAGAAAACGAACCACAAAAUAAAGUAAAAAAUAAAAACAAAUUCAAACAAAGAAAAUUAAUUUCUUAAAAAAAUACAUAUGUAGCCUGUUCUUCAUACGUUUGUUCAAUUCCUUGCCUCUCCAAACCUAACAGAAAAUCACUCUCUCUCUAUAUCUGCCCUAAUAUCACACUCCAUUCCCAUCCCAAUCUCUCUCUACACUUCACCAACUCUCUCUGUCUCCAUUGCAUCUCUCUCUCUCUCUCUCUCUCUCUCGCAUUCACAAUAGAUACAUACAUACUUUGACGGUUAUUUGAGCGGUUGGGUUUUCUCGGAUCCCUGUACGGGUCUACCCCGUCUGGCAUAUACGUCAACCUCACAGGAGGGAGGUAGAGGUAGGGUUGAUUCUGUCUUUGUUUCUCUCUCUGCAUCGCUUUCUAUCUCUAGAAUUUGUUUGAAACUCUAGGGUUUGGAAACUCGCAAUCUAGGGUUUGUGAUUGAGGUUUUUUUUUUUAAUAUUCUUGUUCGGUUUCAAUUCACUUUCAUCGUAGUCAUUGGUCUAUACUCGAAGUUGAACCUUGCACGAAAUGAGGGUCUUGCGAGUGUUUUAAAUUCGUCUCCAAAUCCGUCUUUUUUAUUGAAGAUGGAGGGGUAGGGAAGCUUUUAGUAGUAAUCUUAUGUUGACAUCUCGGCGGUGAUGACACUUGUUAUUGCCAUUUCUGCUGUAUUCGUCAUCUGGCAACUUGUCUUGUUUUGAUGGACGGAAACCUAGGUUUUAUUUAAAUAUUUUUUGGAACUGUUUGAGGAAUUGGGGGCAAUUGCGUAUGUGCAUGGGUAGUGGUUAUUAGGGAAAAGAAAUUUGGGGGUUUGUGUCUGGAUUUCUUGUGAAAUCGAAAGAUAACAAAUUUGCGGGUGAAGGGUUAAUAUAAAGGCAAGCUAGCUGUUGUUUGGUGUUAUAUAUGAUCAUGUUCACUUCUCAUGGAAAAAAGUGAACCCACAUUAGUUCCAGAAUGGUUGAGAAGUACUGGAAGUGUCAGUGGGGGUGGCAAUUCAGCCCACCAUUUUGCGCCGUCUUUGCUCUCAGAUGUUCUUUCUCCAAGAAGUAGAUGUUCUAGGAGUGUAAGUGAUAAAGAUACUCCUGCUUUGAACCAAACUUCUUCAUCCAAUUCUCGCCGUAGUUCAAGCAGUAAUGGUGUUUCAAAGCAUCCAUAUAGUAGUUUUAGUAGAAGUCAUCGUGAUAAAAACCGUGACAAUUCAUGAAGAGAGGUCUGUCAUUGGGGACCUCUGGGAACAUGAUUGUUCUGAUCCAUUAGGUGACAUCUUAAUUAGUAAGGCUGAGAAGGAUGCCUUGAGGCGUUCUCAUUCACUAGUGUGUAGGAAACCUGGUGAGGUGUUACCUCGAAGAGCAGUGGACUCAAAAAACGGUGGUAGCAACACUGGCAUACUUUCUGGAGGAAUACUUGUUAGCAGCAUCCAGAAAAAUGCCUUUGAAAAAGAUUUUCCCUCUCUUGGAACUGGAGAGAAGCAAGGAGUGCCUGAUAUAGGAAGAGUUUCAUCUCCUGGUUUGAGCACGGCUGUACAGUGCUUGCCUAUUGGCAAUGCAGGCUUCAUUGGUGGCGAGGGGUGGACCUCUGCUCUGGCAGAGGUGCCCAACAUAAUUGGCAGCAAUAGCAUGGGGCCCACAAGUGUGCUUGCAACCCCAUCAUCUGGGGCAUCAAGUUCUAUGGUAGGUCUUAACAUGGCUGAGGCAUUGUCACAGGCUCCAUCUAAAGCUCGUACUACUCCCCAGCUACCGGAUAAGACUCAGAGGCUUGAGGAAUUAGCUAAAAAGCAAUCCAGGCAAUUAAUACCCAUGACACCCUCGAUGCCCAAAGGCUUGGUUCUUAGUUCUGAUAAAUCAAAGUCUAAAACGGUGGUGAGAACCAGUGAGAUGAUUGUGGCUUCCAAGAGUGUGCAGCCGCAGCCCCACUCAUCCCAACUUGCUAAUCAAUCUCUUCGUGGUGGACAAGUCAGAUCUGAUGCUUCAAGGUCAUCUCAUGCCGGGAAGUUUCUUGUACUCAAGUCAGUGUGGGAGAACGGUGUCUCCUCUUCGACAAAGGAUGUAUCUAGCCCAACUAACAAUGCCAGCAGAGUAGCAAACAGUCAGCUUGUUCCUGCUUCGGUGGCCCCUUCCAUUCCUUUGAAGAGCCCAAAUAAGCUUUCCACCGUUGAAAGUAAGGUAGCUGCUGUGGCUCUAAAUUCUGGAUCUUGUGUGGAAAAGAGACCCUCCCUGUCUCAGGCUCAAAGCCGGAAUGAUUUUUUCAAUCUCAUGAGGAAGAAAACAUCAAUGAACACUUCUUCCGUCCUCCCAGAUUCAAGGGUGGCUUUCUCGUCUCCCACUGUGGAGAAAUCUGGUGUAGUAGUCGAGGGAGUUAGUGCUCCUGUAAGUCCUUGUGUUACUGAGAACGGUAGUGAAGUGACUAGCAAUGGGGAUAUUCAUGAAAGGGAGAGAAGUUUGUGCCUUAACGGAGCAGUUUAUCCAGAUGAGGAAGAGGCUGCAUUUCUUCGUUCUCUUGGUUGGGAGGAAAAUGAUGGAGAAGAUGAUGGCCUUACAGAGGAGGAGAUCAAUGCGUUUUAUGAGGAGUGCAUGAAACUGAGGCCAUCCUUGAAACUGUGUAGAGGAUUGAAGCUGAAACUUCCAAUGCUUACUGAAUCUCACACGACUGGUUCAAGCAGAGCAUCUUCCGAAUUGAGCUUGUCUGAAUCUGAAACCGAAGCAAGAAUCUACUGAUUUCUCUCACAUACAGUUACUGGAAAGUUACAAGUUUUGUUGGCAGAUGAUUUUAUUUCUCUCUUCUUUUUUUUACCACAUCUCUUUGUUUUGGAGGAAAAGCUGCUGACAAGCAGGGGCAUGAAAGCAGUGGAUAGAUCAGAUAUGUUGUCUGCGGUUUGAACGGUAUUACAAUAAGUUACAGAAGUCCCCAUAUUGCCUUCUAAAACUGGGGAUAUUUUUUUGGGGUUUUAAGGCUGGCUAGAAAGAUGGUAGGUUAGGGGGAUGAUGAGCUAGUCUGCUGUGGGCGACUUUGGGUAAAUUUUUUUUCCUUUUUUUGGGAGACGGAAAAAUUUUAGCCAGAAAAGCUUUGUGGUGUUCUUCUGGCCAGUGGUCAAUUUUACAGGGAAAAGAAAUAGAAGGCAUGAAGUUCUUUCUA